AUGGGGGAUAUUCUGACUUUGGUGGAGCCGGUGGUUGUCAUCAAUAAACUGGGGACGUCCUUCUUUGAGAUGGCCCUCACACAGACUGUGUACAACCAGUCACUGAAGGCAACAGCAGGAGACAGCGAUCGGGCACAGGCGUUAUCCUCACGCUUUCUUCUUAUUCAGAGUGUGUUGUCUUCUGUGGCGGCCAUGUUGUCCAUUAUACCACUGAGCCGUAUGGCAGACCGUUAUGGACCUAAAGUCUUCCUGGUGGCCUCUCAAAUGGGUUCGGUUUUGGGCAUGUUCAUGCUUGUCAUCUUCAUGUACUGUGAGGUUCCUCUGGAGUUUCUGUACUUGGGUUCUUUGCUGCAUGGUUUGAGCGGAGGCGGGCCAAUGUUUUGGGCCGGGGUGGCUGCUCUGGCAUCUCUCAGCUCAGAGCAGGGCAAACGCACUCUUAAACUCAACAUCGUGGACUUCUGUUUUGGGAUCGCAGGGGUCGUGGGAGGUCUUCUGUCUGGAUAUCUGUACCAGAUGGGACCAUCAAUUCUCCUCCUGACAGCAAUUCUGGUCAGCAUUGUGGCAUUACUCUACUCUGUGUUUGCCCUCACUGACUCGAGACGUUCCCUGUCCGAGAGUGAGCCGUUGCUGUCUGAAUCUGAAAGUGGGAAAAUGAUGGAUCGAGUCUCUAUAGGCAUGCUGAUGACAACCAUGAUGUUGUUCAUGCUAGGCAUGGUCGGGGCGGAAAAUGUGCUCCAGCUCUAUGUGCUAAAGCCCCCUCUGAGCUGGGACUCAGUUUGGGCCGGAUAUGGCAGGGCCGCCACCAGUGCCAUGUAUCUCAGUAGCUUCUUCGGGGUCCUGAGUCUGUUCAGUGUGUUGGGAGACACAGCCCUCACUCUGCUGGGUAUUGUGUCCAACUGUACUGGGAUGGCAAUCAUGGCAUUCGCUAUAGAAAGCUGGGUCUACUUCCUGGCUAGAGGAAUCAUGAUGUUUGCCUGCGUUCCCAUGCCAACACUUCGAGCCAUGCUGUCCAAGAAUCUGCAUCCUCAGCAAUAUGGUAAAGUUACAACCGCAUUGAAACAAAAACUUAAAAUGUGCUUCAUCAGAGGCGAGUUUUUGGGCUGCUCCAGCUGGUUCUGGCUGUGA